AUGGCCGCUCAAUCCCACUACUCCGACGCUGUCGAGCAGCUGCCGGACGAGCCAAUUGACCCCCGCCAGCUGGACUGGGACGGUCCGCUCGACUCCGACAACCCACACAACUGGCCUACCUGGCGAAAAUGGUUCACCACCAUGUCCGCAGCCGUGCUGUGUCUAGUGGUCACCAUGGGGUCGUCGCUGUACGUCAACGGUGUUCCACGCAUGGUGGCCGAAUACCACUACGACCAAACCCUGGCCAUUUCAGGGCUCACAUUCUAUCUACUCGGGCUGUCCACCGUGGUUGGAGCUCCUCUGUCCGAGGUUUUCGGCCGGAAAAUCAUCUACAUCGUUUCUUUGCCAUUGUCCAUGCUGUUCACCAUGGGAGUGGCUCUCUCUGGCGGCAAAAUGCGUGUGGUGCUGCCCGUGCGCUUCUUUUCCGGCGUUUUCGCCUCCCCUGCUCUUUCAGUAGCAUCGGGCACCAUCAUGGAUAUUUGGGACCAGGACGAAGUCUCGGUCGCCAUGUCGUUUUUCUGUCUGGCACCCUUCUUGGGUCCCAUCAUUAGUCCCAUCAUCGCUGGCUUUGCUACAGAAAAAGAAGGCUGGAGAUGGGCCACCUACAUCCAACUUUUUGCCGGUGGUUUGAUCAUGCCGUUCCUAGUGUUGAUGCCCGAGACCCACAAGGGUGUCAUUCUAAUAAAAAGAGCUCGCAAACGGAAGCUCAAUCUCAUCGAGCUCUCAACCCAGGCCAAGAAGGAUUUCCUCAAAAUGACUCUAACCAUCACCGUCUUCAGACCCAUCAAGAUGUUGGCGGUCGAGCCCACCGUGCUGUUUUUCUCCAUCUACGUUGCCUUCAUUUUUGCAGUGCUGUUUGCCUUUUUCGAGGCAUAUCCUGUCAUUUUCCGCGGUGUGUACCAUAUGACCACCGGAGUGGCUGGUUUGGCGUUCAUCGGGAUCGGUAUUGGUCUAUGGUUAGGCUCGCUAUUCUACAUUUUCUACGAUCGUCGUUAUUUCUUCCCUAAAGCACCUGAGGGCACUCCUCCUUUGGUUUCCACCUCUUCCAAACGUACCAAGCCCUACAGAGGCCACAGGGAUCCCGACACGGGCGAGUUAAUCGUGCUCAAACCGGAAGUAUUGUUGGAUAUUUGCAAAAUUGGCUCAAUAGCGCUUCCGAUCAGUUUAUUCUGGCUUGGCUGGACCGGACGUUCGAGCGUUCACUGGAUGGCCCCAAUGGCCGCCGGUGUGCCGUUCGGAUUCGGUCUUAUUUUGAUUUUCUUCAGCGUCAUCAUGUAUUUCUCGACGUGUUACCCACCAUUGUUCGUGGCGUCUGCAUUGGCUGCCAACAACCUGCUGAGAUACGUCACUAGUUGUGUUUUCCCGCUAUUCACAAUCCAGAUGUACGAAAAGCUGAAGAUCAGUUGGGCUAGUUCCCUGUUCGGCUUCAUUUGCAUUGCCAUGAUCCCAAUACCAUGGAUUUUUGCCAGGUAUGGCGAGACCAUGCGUCAGAAUUCCACAUUUGGAUUCAAUUCAUUGAAACAGGAUUCUGGCAGUGACACCAAAUCCGAAAAUGCUGUAUCCACACUCCAGGAGUCUGAAGAGGCCUUGAAUGACAAUAAAAAGCCAACCAAUAGCGAUCCUGAACCUGCAAAUGACACACAUUCAUCUCACACCCGCACUUCCACUGCGGACACUGCAGCGUCUCGUGAGGUUUCUAAAUACGCGAUUGUCUAG